UUCGGAGAAUACAGGCAGUCAAUAACACCGCUGAUUUUAACGCUCCAGAUUAUUAUUCUAUCUACGACAAGCACUUUUUCAACUAAUAAGAGCCUAUUCUAUUUUGAUAGCUUUAUUUUUUAAACAUGGAGAUGCACCUGGUGUGCGUCUGUCUGAUUCUAGCCGUUUUUGGUUCGGCUUUUUGCGUCGAUGACGGUCCAGGAGCGAAAUUGAUCGGGGCUCCGGGAGCCAUGGUCCGUUUGUCUGAGUCUGACCCAGGUGUUUUGAAGGCGGUGAAAUUCGCCGAGGAGCGUUACAACAUGGGCUCAAACGGCAUGCAUGUCCGCAGAGUCAGCCGCGUGAUAUCGGCCAGUAAACAGAUAGUGAAGGGCAUUAGGUACAGCAUUACCGUGGAGAUUGGAAACACACAAUGCAAGAAGACAUCUCAUCUCAGCUUGUCUGAAACAUGCGACUUUGUUCCAGAGCUCCAUAAGCUCAAGACGGAGGUGUGCCUGUUCGAGGUCUGGGACAUCCCCUGGGAGAACAAGUGCACCCUGCUGAAGCAGAAGUGCCAGCCUUCAGUGGAGCCACAGGAGACCAGAAAAGUAGUGUCUGUUCCCCUCUCUGUGAACCAAGCCUCUCAGGAGUCUGUGCAGCUGCUUACUCUGUUCAAAAACUUUAUGGAGAAAUACAACCGAACCUACAGCAGUCAGGAGGAGGCCGAGAAGCGUCUGAGCAUCUUCCAGGAGAACAUGAAGACAGUGCAGCUCCUCCAGUCUAUGGAGCAGGGCUCAGCUGAGUACGGGGUCACCAAGUUCAGUGACCUCACAGAGGAGGAGUUUAGGGAGACGUACCUGAACCCCAUGCUCAGUCAGUGGACUCUGCAGCGCCCCCUGAAGCCGGCAGCACGCGCCACGGACCCCCCACCAGCCAGCUGGGACUGGAGAGAGCACGGAGCAGUCAGCGAUGUCAAGAACCAGGGUAUGUGUGGCUCCUGCUGGGCAUUCUCUGUCACCGGGAACAUCGAGGGCCAGUGGUUCCGGAAGAGUGGCAAACUCGUCUCCUUAUCUGAACAAGAGCUGGUGGACUGUGACAGGCUGGACCAAGCCUGUGGAGGUGGACUGCCAUCCAAUGCUUACGCAGCCAUCGAGGGCCUGGGUGGCCUGGAGACAGAGACCGACUACACUUACACGGGCCACAAGCAGGCCUGCGACUUCUCCUCCGACAAAGUGGCCGUCUACAUCAACAGCUCUGUGGAACUUCCCAAAGACGAGAAGGAAAUCGCUGCCUGGUUGGCGGAGAACGGUCCUGUAUCUGCGGCCCUCAAUGCCUUCGCCAUGCAGUUCUAUAGGAAGGGCGUCUCUAAGCCCCUGAAGAUCCUGUGCAACCCUUGGAUGAUUGACCACGCCGUCCUGUUGGUUGGCUAUGGAGAACGCAAAGGAGUCCCGUUCUGGGCCAUCAAGAACAGCUGGGGUGAGGACUAUGGAGAACAGGGGUACUACUACCUGUACAGAGGCAAGGGACUGUGUGGCAUCGACAAGAUGUGUUCCUCUGCGGUGGUGAACUAAAUAAGGGACACACAACUUAGCACCACUAACUUUCAUAAAAGCACACUACUAACAUGUAUGCAUGCACACACACACACACACACACACACACACACACACACACACACACACACACACACACACACACACACACACACACACACACACACACACACACACACACACACACACACACACACACACACACACACACAGAGGCCCACACGUGUUGAAGGUAAUAGUAGUAGAGUGUGUGAAUAAUAAUCCUGCUGUUACUAUACUACCCCACGCAUUUUAAAUGUGCUUCUACUACAAUCCUGCUUUUAACGUACAGUAAAAAAAAACUCCAUUUGUGUUUGCAUUUAAUGCCAUUGCUAUACUAGUAUUAUGGAUGAUUUAAAAAAAGGUGGUAGGAAACACUGAUGUUUUGUACUGGAUGCAUUCACCAGAUUCAGGGUUUGAUUUACAAUUUUAAAAAGGGGAUUUUACUCGACUCUUGUCUGUUGGCUGUGUGCUUCUUUGUCCCUCAUGUGUGUAUGAGACAUUCAAAGUGUUUUUCAGACCUCAUAAAAAUUGCACAACAAAGCAUUCCGUUACUAUUAGCUCUGAGCCAGAUUUUUCACACACGCACGCACACACACACACACACACACACACACACACACACACACACACACACACACACACACGGGUUGUGCAAAAUUCAAUAAUGUAUAACCUUUAAACUUCAUUCAAUUCAUUUUGAAACGAAUGGCAGAAUGAAUUUGAAUUCUAUGGCGAUCAAAAAUGUGUUAUUAACUCUUAACUGUUCCAACAUCUUUUAUUUCAUAACAACAUAUUGUAUGAAGUUGAUGUAAAAUAUUGUGUCUAUUUGUUAUUUUUUUUUACCACAAAUUAACAUCAAUUAAAAUCAUGCCAACUAAUAUAUAAACCUCUAAUAACUUAACAGUAAUACCACAAUAUGAAAUUGUAGACUUCCCAGAAUGCAUGGUCAAUGCUAUAACCUAUGCAGCAUUUGUCUUAUUUGGAAUUAGCUUAACAAAAACAUAGACAGUGCCACUGUCUAUUUUCAUUAGAAUGAAUGUCUAAUUCUUAAUUCACCAGCUUGUGGAUUCAACAUGCAAUUAAAAUGUAUUUUGUCUGAGAAAACAUCUGAAUUUUGCACAACCCUGACACAAUAGGCUAUACAAAACUACCAGUGAGUUGCUCUUGCAAGAAGUUGUAAACAUGUCCGUUACAAACAUGUACGUUACAGAAAACUGAAAUGACCAGUUUUUGUGAAGUUUGCACAUUACCAUUGUGUCAUACCAUAUGUAACUUGGAAAUAAAAAUGUUCAAGCUCUCAGCUGA